UCUGCUUCACUUAGGCACAGAAUGCCUCGACUCCUGGGUAUUCCAGGCAAUGGCUUGGUGCUCUGGGUAGCUGGUCUGAAAAUGAAAAGGUCUGUGAACAGUGUCUGGUUCCUAAACCUUGCUGUGGCUGACUUAAUGUGCUGCUUGUCCUUGCCAUUUUCCAUUGUUCACCUGGCCCUCCAUGAACACUGGCCUUAUGGUUGGUUCCUCUGCAAAGUCAUUCCAUCAGUCAUAAUCUUCACCAUGUUUGCUAGCAUCUUUCUACUUGUGGCCAUCAGCAUUGACAGGUGCCUCCUGGUGAUGAAACCCGUCUGGUGUCUGAACCACCGAACAGUGAAAUUUAUAUCACUAAUAUGCAGUGGCAUUUGGAUCCUGGCCUUAAUUUUCUGCUGUCCCACCUUCUACUACCGUGACACUAACACUGGUGAUGACAAAACUGAGUGUGGGUACAGUUUUGAAGAUGACAAAGGGCUAGGUUAUAUGGAUGAUUCUGUAAAUGAGUUAUUGGAAAAUUACUCAUUUUUAGCCUACAAUGGUAAUGACUCAUGGGGUGAUUUCUAUGAAGGUGAUUAUUCUGUAUCCCUUGCCUUAGUGGUAAUAAACAUCACUAGGGCUGUCUUUGGCUUUGUACUCCCCUUUGCUGUAAUGGCAUUUUGCUAUGUCCUCAUUGCUGUCAGAACACGUGCAAAGCAAUCUCAUAAACCAUGCAACAGGAUGCUGCGAACAAUUGUGCUCAUGGUUGCUGCAUUCUUCAUCUGCUGGGCUCCAUACCACGUAGUUGGGAUUCUGUCCCUUGUACCUACUCUUGGAAAAGGACUGAAGGAUUCAUUGAUCGUCUGGGAUCACCUCUCUACAGCACUUGCAUAUGCCAACAGCUGCAUCAACCCCCUGCUUUAUGUUUUUGUGGGACGGCACUUCAGGGCAAAGGCAUGGCAAACAGUGCAAGGAAUCUUGGAAGGUGUCUUUACUGAGGAACCAAUACGUUUGACCGCUUGUACCCUUGAAAGAAGCAAGACUUCAACUGAGAAGGACGUUAGCAGCACGCUGUAACACAGGAUCACUGUAGAAAGUGAGCUAUGGCCCUGCACAUCUAUCCCAUUCUGCUUAACAGCUUAUUUUGCUCCAACACAUUUGAUUCAUCUGCAGAUCCACACACAAGGCACUGAGAUGGUUCAGAUCAGAACAGCUAACUCUUUUUAUAUCCUACUCUAAAGAGAAAGAAAGUUGGAAGUAUCAAGAGUUAUAAAUACUCUGAGGGAAGACUGGUGAAGUAGGAGAGAGUAUUUUAACCUUUAAAGAGGAAAGCAGGCUUGCAGAAUGAUCUGUGCUGGAAUAAUGAAUUUAAUCUCUGAAUUAGAUACAGAUGCGGAUGUCAUUUGAGUUAUUUGCAUAUGUCUAUGUUGUCUAUUUCCUGUCUCUAAUACAUUGCAGAUGAAACUAACUAACUUUGAUGUCUCUCCUUGGAAUCUGUCAUUAUAUUUUUCCUCUCCUUUGACUAUA